ACGCAGGCACAGGCGGUUCUUCGUCCAAUCAGAACGUGUUUGCAGUGCCGCUGGCGGUGUCAAGCUACAGAUCGGCACAGCCGGAAUCACAGUCGCAGUCGUGGCAGGUGGCCAAUUCUCAGGAAGAAUCGCAAACCGGAGACCAGGUGAUCUUCACCUCGCUCGCGGACGAGCCGGCGAGCGACGAGAGUUUUCCUACCACAUCCUCCGCAUUCUUGGCGAGUCUAAACGAAGUAGCUGAGCCAAUCAAACCGUCCAUCACAGGCCCAGCCACAGUGACAGCUACAGACAAAGCCAGAGGAGAGAGUAUGGCUGGACUGGGAGAUGCUCCGAUGAGUCAUAGUGGACCGGUGGGAGUAGGAGAAAGUUCGGUGCCAUUGGGCAGCGACGCGGCACAGGCGGACAACGGUGCUGUGGGGACUGUAGAGAUGGACGCAAAUUGGAAACCGGGCGCGAAUGUCGCUGAGGUGAUAUCUUUGGCCGAGAGAAACGCUAACCAAUCAGAAGGCGCGGAUGUCUCUUCAUCGGCCAAUGAGAAGAGGACAUCAUCGCCGACAGAUUUUGAGGAUGCAAAACACUCCAGCAUGAUGGAGCAUGGGAGUCAGGUGCCCGUUUUUGCGUCGGGGAAUGGAUCGGGCAUUUUCGGCCCUAAUUUAGUGGGUGCAGGUGCAGAAGAUGAACAAGACAAAGACGAGGGCGGUAGUGACGACAGCCAUAAUGCACAGAACUUCGGCCAACACUCGUUCGUGGAUGCGAGCGCUAUUGGAGAAACCUCAUUGGUGGACAAUGGUAACCAUAGCAACGAACACGAUUUCACCAUGGGCUCGCCCCAGAGUGGUGUUGGGGGGACCGGGCAUCUCAGAAACUCGCUGAGCUCUGGCGCCAAUAUGACCAGCACUCCACGCCUGUUGCCCACCACGCCGCAUAUGACAGGCACCUUUGUGAGCGAACCAUCACACCCCCACCCCCCAACGACCAAUCAAAUGGACUCGUCGUUGAAUGCGUCCUGGAUGGAGUCCCAGUUGGUGUCUCCUGUGAGUAUGGCAAAGGGCCAGUUUUCACUUUCCAACAGAUCAGGUCGACGGUCGCCCACGCCGUACUUGCGGCUUGGUGGUACUCGAG